UUUUCAGAAAAUGUACUUGGAGUAAAGUGAGAUCUAUUGUUUUCAUUUAACCAGCUGUCUUGUUUUAGUUAAUAAAGUGUUUGGGAAAUUAGCAGACAACCUCCUCUCUCCCUCCUUCUGCACAGUAAACAGAGGUUUGUGCCUGGCUCUUCCACGCACUUUCCUGAAAACAGACUUCUUCCACCAUCACAUUGUCAAAAGGCUCACGUUAUGAUCAUUACAGUGAACGAGAGAUUAUUCAUUUUGAAAAUGUUAACUUAUCACCUGGGACACUAUCUUUGAGUUCAACAGUAGCUAUGGAUAAAUGUGUUGAAGUAAAUAAACUUCCAUUGGUCUUGAUAAACCAUGCCUUUCUAAGAUAUUGUAAUAGGGCCUCUAUCUUUUGCAUGGUCUCUUCUGGUUCACUUGGGUUGUCUGGAGACACCCUGUUUCACAGAAGUCCCAGAUCUUCUUUUUUGGUAGCUGCUGCUGGUUUUAAUAUUCCUACUAAAAAUAGCAGCUGACAGCAAAGCUAAAUUGAACCCCUUAUAUCCAUAUCACUUUCCACUCCUAGUGAAUCAGCUGCUUUCUUAUUUAGACACAGAAGGAAGUUAAAAGGUCACUGUUCCGUUGCUUAAGUUACAGCAGCCUUUCCCCUAAAGGAAGCAGCGUCAACUGGUAAUGUCAAGAUCCUGGAUCAUAUGCUAUAAUAAAAGAAACUCAUCCAAGAAUGGAGUACAUGAAACAGACAAAAUGGCUGAAAAUGUGCAAGAAAAAAUGAAGAUGAAACAAGAAAUUACUUUGCUUAAUGGUGUUUCUUUAAUAGUAGGGAACAUGAUUGGUUCUGGGAUAUUUGUGUCACCCAAAGGUGUUUUGAUGAAUAGUGCCUCCUAUGGACUCUCACUAUUCAUUUGGGCCCUUGGUGGGAUCUUUUCGUUGUUUGGAGCUCUGUGUUAUGCUGAACUGGGAACAUCCAUUGUUAAAUCAGGAGCUAGCUAUGCCUAUAUACUAGAAGCUUUUGGUGAAUUCACGGCCUUUAUCCGACUGUGGUCUUCCUUGCUGAUUAUUGAACCAACAACUCAGGCUGUAAUAGCAAUUACAUUUGCUAAUUAUAUUGUUCAACCAAUUUUUCCAUCCUGUGAGCCACCAUAUGAAGCAGUCAGGUUGAUUGCAGCUGCUUGCAUCUGCUCCUUAACAUUUAUUAACUGUGUCAACGUAAAGUGGGGAACCAGAGUACAAGAUCUGUUCACAUAUGCAAAAGUUAUGGCCCUUAUCAUGAUCAUCUCGGUGGGUCUUUAUAAAAUUAGUAAAGGAGAAACAGAAAAUCUUAAAGCUCCAUUUGAAGGUUCAACAACUGAUGUAGGAUGCAUAGCACUUGCUCUGUAUUCAGCCCUCUUUUCCUACUCUGGAUGGGAUACCCUGAAUUAUGUCACUGAGGAGAUGAGGAAUCCUGAAAGGAAUCUACCCCUCUCAAUUGCAAUUUCAAUGCCUAUUGUGGCCAUUAUUUACUUGCUGACUAACAUAGCAUACUAUGUAGUGUUGGACAUGCCAGCUCUCCUAACAAGCGAUGCAGUGGCAGUGACAUUUGGUAAUGAAACCCUUGGUUAUGCUAAGUGGAUAAUUCCUAUUGCAGUGGCCAUGUCCUGUUACGGUGGAUUAAACUCAUCAACUAUUGCAGCUUCCAGGCUUUUUUAUGUUGGAGCCAGAGAAGGACACCUUCCUGACAGUUUGAGUUUGAUUCAUAUUAAGUGUUUCACACCAAUCCCUGCUCUUUUCUUUAAUGGUUUAAUGACUUUGCUCUACCUCCUUGUGGAAGAUGUCUUUCUUCUCAUUAAUUACUACAGCUUCAACUACUGGCUAUAUGUUGGGCUGUCUGUUGCAGGAUUAAUAUACCUGAGACGUACUCAGCCUGAUAGGCCACGGCCUAUUAAACUCAGCCUCUUCUUUCCUGUAGUAUACUGUUUAUGUUCCAUUUUCCUGGUCAUGGUUCCUCUCUACAGCGAUACAAUCAAUACCCUCAUUGGAAUUGGCAUAGCCCUCUCUGGAAUUCCUGCAUAUUAUUUGGGAGUUUAUUUACCAUCUGAAAAGAAACCUAAAUGUCUUCAGUGGCUCUCUGCCACAACAACAAAAUAUGUUCAGAUGUUGUUCUACUGUUGUCUGACCGACUUGGACACUGAAGUGGAUCAGACAGAAGCUAAAGCCAAAUAGGGUUGUCUGGGCAUUUACAUACUUCAAGCAUUUUUAGUGUCUGAAAUUCUUGGUAUAGGGUUGGUUGCACGAAAGUAACAACAAUUACACUGUGCAUCAGUUUGAUGUUA